UUCACAUGCAAAUCAGCCUCCUCCUUUCUGCAGCAUACAACUUGAUGGAAAACCAGAAAGAGAGAGACAGAAACAGGAGCUGAAUGCAACUCCGAGCCACCUUGGAGGACAAAAAAAAACCUGUUUGAGAGGGAGGGAGGACCGAAAACAGUGAAUCUGACACAUCGGGGAGAAAAUAACAAGCAGUUUUGUCGGGACAAGAGGAAGGCAGAGUGUAGAGUGUGUGAGAGACUCUCCUGCUGAUUUUUUAGAGCCACUUAGGUGUCGAAGCGAAGGAGAAGAAGCGAAGAGAUGAGCAGAGCAGAGGAGGAGUGAAGCUUUUUAGUGUUAGUGAGGGGGAGCUCUGUCACUCUUUGGGUGUCGCUUAAGAGGAGGAGGAGGAGGCAGGGGCGAAUGUUCCUGGUCUCUUGAGAGAGAGAGAGAGAGAGAGAGAGAGAGAGAGAGAGAGAGAGAAACACACACACAAACAGAGAGAGAGACAGAGAGAAGAGGAGGGGACAAGCUGACAGCAAUACAGGAAGAGCAGGGCUGGCAGACGAUGUGCUGCUAACUGAAGUACUAAUGCUCCAGACCAUUUACGAGGCCGACUCCUAUUUCUCCACAGACGGCAUCGGGAAACACCGGCUGCCUCUGACCCCUCACGACGCUGACAUGCACAACGUCAACAACUCAGUGGACAUUAAGCCAGAGGUUCCCAUGGCUCUUGAUUCGGGCUCCCCACUGGACCUACGUACAGACGUUAGGAUGCAGAGCUCUGCUUCAGAUCCCACUGUGUGGGAAAGACAACUUCAACAAGAGCUGCUCCUCAUUCAGAAACAGCAGCAGAUUCAGAAACAGUUACUCAUUAGUGAGUUCCAGAAGCAGCACGAGAACCUGGUUCGCCAGCAUCAGGCCCAGAUACAGGAGCAUUUGAAGUUGCAGCAGGAGCUACUUGCUAUGAAGCAACAACAGGAGCAGCUGGAGAAAGAGAGGAAACUAGAGCUCCAGAGUCAGGAGAGAGAACUGGAGAGACAUCGCCGUGAACAACAAGUCCUGGUCCUCCGCAACAGAGAGAAGAGCAGGGAGAGUCUGACAGGUGCAGUGGCCAGCACUGAGGUCAAGCAGAAACUCCAAGAGUUUCUGUUGAGUAAAUCCACCAAAGACGGUACAACCAGUGGGGUCCCCCAGAGCUCCAAACUGUGGUACACGGCCUCCCAUCACACCUCUUUGGAGCAAAGUUCACCUCCUUUGGGAGGAGCAUCCUCCUCCUGCAAGAUCUCCCUGCUCUCCCCACAAGACUCCCGGGAUGACUUUCCUCUGAGGAAGACAGUCUCAGAGCCCAAUCUGAAGGUGCGGUCCAGGUUAAAGCAGAAGGUUGCAGAGAGGAGAAGCAGCCCACUUCUUAGGAGGAAGGAAGGGAGCAUCAUGACACCUUUCAAAAAGAGAGCCCUGGAGCUUCUGGAAUCCACAGCCAGCAGCAGUGCACCAGGAUCAGGGCCCAGUUCACCCAACGGGGCCUGCAGUGCCUUGGGGGCUGAAAACGGACCCUCCUCUCUACCAGUCACCACACGAACUGAGAGGUGGCCGUCACAGCCGAGGUUAUUAAGGCCUGAAAACUCAGUGCCUAUGUUAAAUCUCUAUACAUCUCCAUCGCUGCCCAAUAUCUCUCUGGGUCUCUCUGCUGCCUCUUCUCCCAUCAGUGCUGCUUUAGGACUUCAGGAGAAGCAUGUCGAGGGUGGUGGUGUAUCAGCAGUCAUUCAAGGUUUGCCCACCCAACUUCUGGGUCCAGUGCCCCUGUCUGUUGCAAUGGAGACCAAAGUGAGCAGCAGCCACCAAGCUCUCCUGCAGCACCUCCUCCAGAAAGAGCAACUCCGCCAUCAAAAGAUCCUCUCUACUGGUCAAAGUCCUGUGCAUCCUCCUUCUCCACUGGCCAUGAUGGAAAGCUCUCCAAGCAGCACCCGACCCAAACUGCCUCGUCACCGGCCCUUAAACCGAACCCAAUCGGCUCCGCUGCCCCAGAGCACACUAGCUCAACUUGUGAUUCAGCAGCAACACCAGAACUUCCUGGAGAAGCAGAAACAGUACCAGCAACAGGUCCACAUCAACAAGAUGCUUUCGAAAUCAAUUGAGCAGCUCCGUCAGCCAAACAUCCACCUGCAGGAGUCAGAGGAGGAAGAAGGAGAGGAUUUUCAUGAGGAGACCAUGCAGGAGGACAGCUCGCCCUCUGGUGGCGUCAUCAGGAAGCACAGCCCCGACAGCCACCGCAGCAACACCUCCGCUUCACCCACCGGGCCACUGGACACUCACCGCGGAGUCAUCCGGGUGAAAGAGGAGCCCAAUGCCAGUGAUGAUGAGACAAUGGCUACUCAGAGCCUGGCCGACAAGCAGAGCUCCUACAUUCACCACGUUAAAGGCAGGAUGGUGAUCCAGGCCAUGAUAUGAAACGACAGAUACAUCUUCACACUCGCACACGAAGACACAGGUUAACAUACACGCGACACGCUUACACGACACAGAGCCAUUGCUUUGGAAGCUUCAGAACUGGUCUCAUUCGUGAACUUGUGAAGUGAUCUCUGCAUUGUACGUUGUAUGUUUUGUAUAUAAUUGAAUAAGAUGAUUUAGCCAACUUGGUCUUUUAAAUGCUAAGAAGCAGUUUUUGAUUGUUUGUUGAAAUAAAAAUUUAAGAAAUCCUUUCUACUUUCUACCCAGCCUUUGGGAAACAGCAACUCGAAGCUCUUGUAGGAUAUUUCUGUGAUUUCCCAUGGCACUAUGGAUUUCUUAUAGAUCUUUCUUUGCUUUUUAUGAAUGUUAUUAUAAGUUUGUAUGAUGAAAAAAAAAACUUGGUUUACUGAGAGAAACCCAAAUUGUAGGGAAACAGGUCAGUAACCAUGAAAAUCCACACAACAAUAGAAUAAAAGGAAUAUUCCUAGGUUUGACAUAAGUUAAAAUCAGUUAACAGCAUUUGUAGGAUAAUGUUGAUUAUCACAAAUAAUAAAAAAAAUAAAUAAAACAAUGGUUGAUUGGGCACCGAUAUUUUGAUAAUAUAAUUAAAAAAAAAAUUUAAUACAUUUUUCUAUUGAAAGUUGUCUAUUAUUUGAGCUGUAAAGUUCUAGUAAGCAAUUUUUCAUACUAAAAUCAUGUUAACAUCCAUAUUUUUUAAGUACUAUUAAAACGGUGAGUAUUUUAACGGAUUGGCCUCAUUCAUUUCUUGCACUGCUCUAGUAAUCAAUAUUAUGUUAAGUGCUGUUGAUUGAGCUCAACAUGUAUUGAAACCCAGAAUAUUCCUUUAACAGUUGGAGCAAGAUCUGGAAAGUUCUAGAAUGACAUUCUGUGUUCCCUGUUCUCCUGUGGCCCAAAUCGAAGGCUGCCCUGGAUCGUGAGCAGCUCUGCUCCUUGCUGAAUUUUGAGAGGGAGAGAGUUGUAGAGGAAAUGCCUGGUGGAAGCCAGGAAUCAGAAUGAUUCAUGAGCGCAGGAAUGCUGGGAGAGGACAACUCCACGCUGAAGUCAGAGAGCCCAGCAGUGAGCUCUGAUUUACUGUUGAGGCAAAUUACAAAGUGAGUGAGGAGACGGCGGGGGGAGCCCCCUUUUAAAACCAAUCAUUUCCUCUGUAUUCCCACGUGAUGUGUUUACCACGACAUGCAGGCUUGAUGUUACUUCGGUAGAAAAAAAGGUAAUCGCUCUGUUCUCUCCUGAGGCAAUGUUGCAAUUCGUUGGCCAUCUUUCUUCAUGAAGUGUUCAGAUCAACUCAUGUGAUAGUUUCAAGAAACGUACUAGUGUCAUUUUUUGUUAGUGAGCCACCUUUCCUGUAUUUUUAUUUUUUACUUCAAACAUUUGGUGUAAAACUGUUAGUUUUUGUGACUGAGAUCCUCUGAAAAACAACAUAAAACAACUUAAAGAGGAAAACAUGUUUAAUUGAUGUGAGCCAUCACUCUGUCUACAAAAAGCCUGUGAGUCAACCUGAGCUGGCCUGUUUCGUUCCUGUUGUCUGUUCCACUGUUCUGGAUGUGAAUAAGAACUGUCCGCUAGCGAUAGAAUGUCACAUUUAGUUUGUAACCGUAUGCGUUCCCUUCCGUCACAAAUCAUCUUUUUUUAAAUAAAGUUCUUUUCCAUCCUGUA